AACUCACUCAGAAGCUGCUCGGCAGGCAACAACGUUACGAGAAGCUGCUUGGAAAACAAACGGACCGGGAUCAUUGUUUUUUUGCUUUGAAACUUGGAUUAUGUUCGCAAAUUCGGCAUCCUGUGACAAUGUUGACUAGUUUAAAGAGCUUGGAAGUGGCGACAGUGACUGCAGCCCUCACUAUGUCCCCCAUCAUCCUGCACCAGCCUUUGAAGUGAGACUAGGAGUGUGAACUGCUCUCCAGCCAGACUGACUCCUCUUGGUCUCCUGUUAACUACCAACUGUCUCCAGACAGACUUUUUUUGCUGCCAAGGACACAGAAAGCAAGUGAGACAAGGACUCAGAAAAACAGUGCGAUAGUGGGAGUUUAAACGAAGACCUGACAAAGGAAAUAAGUUAUCCCUGUUCAUCUUAAAAGGGAAUUUUCCAGUUUACAGGACAUAAACAUGGGAAACCAGUUCACAGAAAUUGCCCCAACCACCCCAUUCCUCCCCAGCUUCCAGUCUCUUCACGUCGUAGUGAUUGGUUUGGACUCUGCAGGGAAAACCUCCCUCCUCUACAGACUCAAGCUGCGGGAGUUCGUUGAGACUAUCCCCACCAAAGGCUUCAACAUGGAGCGCAUUAAAGUGCCCAUGGGGAACUCCAAAACCAAUACUACUACGUUCCAAGUGUGGGAUGUCGGCGGUCAGGAGAAACUGAGGCCCCUCUGGAAGUCGUACACCAGGAGGACAGACGGACUUGUGUUUGUGGUGGACGCAGCUGAGGCAGAGCGCAUGGAGGAAGCCAAGGUGGAGCUCCACCGGAUCACCCGGUCGGCUGAAAACCAGGGCGUGCCUGUGCUAGUCCUGGCUAAUAAACAGGACCUGGAUGGAGCUGUGUCAGCUUCAGAGGUGGAGAAGGUUCUUGCGCUCCAUGAGCUGAGCUCGUCUACGCUCCAUCACACACAGGGCUGCUCGGCGCUGGACGGUCAGGGCCUGCAGCCCGGCCUGGAGAAACUCUACGAGAUGAUCCUGAAGCGGAAAAAGAUGCUCCGACACAGCAAGAAGAAGAGAUGAAGUGGAGGAUAAGCAGCGGUACUGGGGACAGAGGUUACUCUUUUGAACCAAUACUCGUCUGAGGUGCUUGUCAGCAGCCAUUUUACACUUUAGUGGGUGGAACCAGAACAAAGACUGUUAGUCCUUCAGACAAGUUGGGAUGUCUUCACGGAAGUUCAGACCUUCCUUCACCCACGAGACUUUUGAGCCGACCUGCUACCUUUAGGAUUGUGUCUGCUCUUGAGCACUCUUCCCUCUCCUCGUCUCCAUUCCCACAUCCUUAAAGGAACACGGCAGAAGACUUACAGCUCCAGAGGGGCAACAGAAGAAAACCUGUGCAAUAUAUGAUGAAUACUCACUGAUGCACUCACUCCAAUAUUGAAGGAUAUUUUGUACCACAACUUGUACAAACUGUAGUGCCAACAGAAACACGCAGGCCUGACCUGAGCAGAGUUCCUGUUCCUUUCAAGUUUCACUGUCACACUUAAGUCCAAAUGUUUAUGUUGCAUGAUGUUCACCCAAAUACCUGCUUGGGAAUAUUACGACAACACUUUUGUUGAUCAAAAGAAGACUAUUAUGUUAUGUUAGGUUAGAAACUGCCCAAUAUUCAGUUAGGUAUGUAAAGUGCCAACACUGACAUUUACAGACACACUGACUGCAGAAUCCAGCCAUGCAAGUUUAGAUUAUUUUUCACUCAUCAUCAAUGUUGUUUCCUUGUCACAGUUGGGUGUAUUUGAGGGUUGGCUGGUGAGUUCAUACAAGAAAUUGUUUUUUAUAUUGUGUUCAUUUUGUUUUGUAAAAUUUCAUCAUGAAUAAAUUAUUGAGCAACUUUGGCAAGAAA